GCGGAGAUGUUAGAAUUCCAUAUUCUUUUGGAAUAGGUCCCAAUUGUUACUUAGAUAAAUGGUUCUCCAUAGGGUGCAAGAACUCAAGCAGCAACAACAACGGAGUCGCACCUUACUUGAUAAAGAUCGAUCUUGAGGUGCUGGAAAUUUCAUUGAAUGGAAGCUACCUUCGAGUCAACAAUCCAGUAACAUCUCCCAACUGCCCCAUCAACAACAACUCAAGCUUGGAUUCAAGCAUUGACUUGAGAUCUAGCCCUUUUCGCUUCUCAGAAAUAAACAACGUCUUCGUGGCCACGGGCAUUAAAUGCGGCACGAGGGCCAAAUUAUGUGAUUGGACCGACAAGGAGAUUACCAAUUGCAUGUCUACUUGCGAUUCUGCUAAUAGUUCUACUUGCACGGUCGGAUUCUCAAGCGCGCAGUAUCUGCAGGGUUACAAGGUGAAUUUCGAAGCCUUAACACGCAUAGGAAUUAUGGAUGUAUCAUGUACGUAUGCGUUCGUGGUAGAUAUGAAUAAUAGUUCCGUCAACUACUCCGCUGAGCAAACUCAUGUCCCUGCUGUUCUCAAUUGGGUUGUACACAAUAUCACACAACUCGGAUUGGUUGCCGACAACAAUAACAAUAGCUACUCCCGUAUUCAGGGGUCGUCGGCUUAUUCUUCUAUCUCGGACUUUUAUUUUGUUGUUCAUAGCCUCAAGUGCGUUUGCAAUUUUCCAUUCUAUGGAAAUCCUUAUUUUUCCAAUGGAUGCGUAGGUGUUUGUGCUGGAUCAGCAGGAUUAUUGUUUUUACUUAUUGCUUCAUGGUGGCUGUACAAAGUAAUGAAGAAAAUAAAUGACAAGAAACGCAAGGAAAAUUUCUUCAAGCGAAAUGGCGGUUUCUUGCUACAACACAAGUUAUCCUCAUGUGAUGGCAGUGAAAAAAUCAAAUUGUUUGAUUCGAAGGAGUUGGAGAAAGCCACCGAUCAUUACCAUGAAGAUCGUAUUCUCGGCCAAGGAGGCCAAGGUACUGUUUACAAAGGCAUGUUGUCAGAUGGAAGAAUUAUAGCUGUUAAAAAGUCUAAGGUUAUCGACAAUGGACAAGUUGAGCAAUUCAUCAAUGAAGUCGUCAUUCUUUCACAAAUUGUCCAUAGGAAUAUAGUCAAGCUCUUAGGUUGUUGUUUAGAGACCAACGUUCCAAUACUAAUAUAUGAGUUCAUUCCAAAUGGAACACUCUCUCAACAUAUUCAUGAUCCAAACGAGGAUUUCCUACUUUCAUGGGAGAUGCGCUUUCGGAUUGCUACAGAAGUUGCUGGAGCUCUUUCCUACUUGCAUUAUGCAGCUUCCAUACCCAUCUAUCAUCGAGACAUGAAGUCAACCAACAUACUCCUAGACAAUAAAUACAAAGCAAAAGUUUCUGACUUUGGAACUUCAACAUCAAUUGAUGUUGAUAAUACUCAUUUGACCACACGAGUACAGGGGACAUUUGGGUACUUGGAUCCAGAGUACUUCCAAUCGAGCCAAUUUACUGAUAAAAGUGAUGUUUAUAGUUUUGGAGUUGUUAUUGUUGAGCUUCUAACUGGGCAAAAACCAAUCUCUUCCACCAGAUCCCAAGAAAACAGGAGUUUAGUCACACAUUUUAUGGAAUCAAUGGAGGAAAAUUGUCUACUUGAGAUUCUUGAUCCACGGAUUCUCAAGGAUGGUCGGAGAGAAGAGAUGAUUGCUGUUGCUCACCUCGCAAAAAGAUGUCUAAACUUGAAUGGGAAAAAGAGGCCUACAAUGAAAGAUGUAACAGUUGAGUUGGAAGGAAUUAGAAUGUCACAAGGAAGUUCAACCAUUCACCAACACUAUGAAGAAGUUGAAUACAAUACAACCGAUUUGACUAGGGCUUUGGAUGUUGCUUCAACAACAACAGGGACAUUUUUAGAUAGUGGGAGUGGCACAUCUUUAUCAUUUGAUGUCCGACCACUAUUGCAUACUAUGUAGUGAAGUAUAAACUAUACAUACAAUGCUUGUCCAUGCUAGAUAUUUACCAUAAAGCUUUGUUAUUCAAAUGUUAAUUAUGUACUAGUAUGUAAUGUUACAAACAUAUGUACUAAUUACUUAUGCUUUGGAUUGGCAGCAAUAGUAGUUUUCUAUAC